AUGGAGCCUGUACAGUCUCUCAUCUCCUCAAAGUCUUCGGACUCGGGUCUCCACAUCCAGCUUCACCCACUGGUGCUUCUCACAAUCUCCGACCACAUCACCCGCCAUGCCGCACGACAACAGCAGGGUCCGAUCCUUGGGGCUCUGUUAGGCCAACAGAAUGGGCGAGAGAUAACCCUGGAGCAUGUAUUCGAAUGUCCAGUUACAACGGGGGAGAAUGGAGAAGCGCUCUUGCCUUCAACAUGGUUUGAGGAGCGACUGAAGCAGUUCAAAGAUGUCCACAAAGAUCCCGCUCUUGACCUUGUGGGAUGGUGGUCAACUGCUCCCCCAUCCGGACCCGAUGCCUCACACAUCCCUCUUCACAAACAGAUCCUCCAAGAUCACAACGAGUCGGCCGUCUUCCUAGCAUUCCACCCAUCAGAGGUCCAGUCGAGGGAACACGGUGCUAAGCUUCCAUUAGCAAUUUACGAGACUGUGCUUGAAGGGGAAAAUGCCGCCGAUGCGGGUAAGGAUAUGCAAAUCGAUGGCGAGGAGCCAACACUCAACAUUCGGUUCCGCGAGCUACCAUAUUCUGUGGAGACGGAGGAGGCUGAAAUGAUCGGUGUUGAUACUAUCGCCCAAACUGCUGGAACAGCUUCCCGGACCGAGAUUCCUAGUCAGGGCACCAGUGCUUCUGCGGGCCAGAAACUGGCGGACAAGGAACAAAAGAGCUCACAGGCCGAGCUAACACAAGAGGAAGAAGAGCUGAUCGCAAACCUUAAUACCCGCCUUAACGCCAUCCGCACUCUUGAAUCUCGAAUCUCCCUCAUCAAAUCCUACGUCUCCAGCAUCUCCGCCACAGACUCAUCCGCAGCGGCACAAGACGACCCAAGCAGCCCAAAGCUGUCGCACCCCAUCAUCCGCAACAUCAACUCCCUCAUCUCACAUCUCUCCAUCCUCUCGCCCCACGAACAAAGCUCCUUUGCAACAGAAGUACUUUCCCAAAGCAACGAUGUCACGCUAGUCUCUCUACUCGGCCAACUGGGUGAAAGCGUCAAGGCCAUGCGCGAGCUGGGUCGAAAGUCAGCUGUUGUGCAGGCUGCGCGCCACAGCGCAAACUCGCGCAAGCAACCAAAUCUAGCAGCAAGGGCCUUUGAGGAUGAGCUUUUUGCUCAUGGCAUUCCUCCUAGUGGAGAGGCGGGGGGGAUGUAUUCGUGA